UCAACAUGAACGACCCUGAAGUCGUCGAGAAGGGCAUAGCUUUUUUGAGAGAGUGUGCUAAGAACAUAACGUCCAUUACUGUGAACACGCCGGCCGUGAGAGACGCUGUGAUCAACACGCAGUACGACGCCGUCGUAUCGGAGUGGUUCUUCUCUGAUACUGAUGCUGGAUAUGCAGCAGUACAGCAAGUACCAUGGAUAAUGAUGGCAGGCAUAAUAUAUAACUCAAUCUUCGAGUUAAUGGUGGACGAGGUGCGCUCGGUAGCCACUGUCCCUAUCUUCUUGAACAAUGCAACGAUACCGAUGAAUUUCGUCGAGAGACUGGCCAACACUUUCUACCAUAUCGUAUUUACUGCGGCCAACUGGUGGGAAUGGUCAUCAUUAAAUGACAUAUACAACUCCUAUUUCACUCCACUAGCAGCCGCUCGUGGGGUUCCUCUAGUAUCAUAUUCGGAUGCACUGAACGAUUUGUCUAUACUCUUUCUGAACUCCCAUCCAGCGUAUGCACCAGGGCAGCCUAUUCCACCAAAUGUGAUUAACAUCGCUGGAUACCAUAUUCCUGAGGAAGUAGCUGCUCUACCAAAGGAUCUGCAAGAACUAUUGGACUCUUCGAAGAACGGAGUGGUAUACUUCAGUAUGGGAUCAGUGUUGAAGUCAGCCGCUCUACCAAAGCGUACCCGGCGCGAACUGAUCCAAGUUCUGGGAGAGUUGCCGUACACGGUUCUAUGGAAGUUUGAAGAGCAGAUCACAGGGUUGCCGAAGAAUGUACAUGUUAGACCCUGGUUUCCACAGCCAAGUAUAUUGUCCCACCCUAACGUGAAGCUGUUCAUCACACACGGCGGUCUCCUCAGCACCAUGGAGUCCCUCCAGUAUGGUAUGCCACUCCUGGCCAUACCCGUGUAUGGAGACCAGCCCUAUAAUGCGGAGCAAGCGGUUCGUAAUGGAUAUGCGAGGAAGAUCAAGUAUGGAGAUGAUAUGGCUGAUGAGCUCAGGGUGGAGCUGAAGGAGAUGUUGAGUACUGACAGAUAUUACAAACGCGCGAAACAUCUAUCUUGGUUGUUCCGCAAUUCCCCUGUGAAGCCAAGCAAACUGGUGUCUCACUACGUCGAAUUGGCCAUCGAAACUAAAGGCGCGCAUCACCUGCGCUCCCCGUCUCGCCAGUACGCGUGGUACGCGCGCUGGAUGCUGGACCAGGCGGCGCUGCUGGCGGCCGCGCUCUACAUACUGUACAGACUGGCGGCAGCAGCACUACGACCACUCACCAAGAAAACCAGCAAGAAACUGAAGAAACAAUAA